UCAGGCUGUCUUACGCAAGACACGCAGCCGGUGUAACGCUUGCAGGCCGACCUCCGUCUCCGUACGUCGUCUUCGCUCCUCAACCCUGACUCGGUUUCGGCGCGAGCGAGGAGGGCAGUCCCGGAGCGGCCCUACUAGCCUCAGUCCAGGAAAGACGGGUCUCAUGGAGCAAUCGGAUCGGGCAUUUCUCACCAGCCACGUGACUCAACAAUUAUGUCAGCGACCAUCGUUACUCGAAAACCUAGUAGGUACCUAGGUACCUAGCCACCUAGCCGGAUACCUUAUCGUGUGGUUAUCGUCCUUUGUCAUGGGGCACAAUGUCCGGGUUGCCAGGUCCUCACGGCGGCAAGAGGUCUUCCUCCCUUCCUUUCCACUUUGCUCUACGAUACUGCUCCAGGUUACCUGUCGGCUUCGGGCGUGGCCUUCUUAAUUGGCUUCUGCCCCACGUUUUCUUCCCUAAGGGCCGCAGUGGCUCGUCCCCGAUUUGGCCAGGGACGCACAGGUGGAUGCUAGGACCUUGGGAGUCCUGUUUCUUGUUGCAAGGAGCCCCCACUGGCGCUAGCCAUAUUAGGCUAGGAUCGGUUUCUUUACCCGACGGCAAAAAAAAAAAAAAAAAGGUUCUUGAAGGGGAAGCUAGGCAAACCUGGGCCACUGAACGAACACGUAGAGCGUAUUGGAAACUUGGGACAUUGGCGACGAUUUCAGCUUCUUGCCCCACUACGACUGCAAUAGGAUAUGCUGUCUCUUUGAUCGCAGUCUUUCCACCACCUUCUCUCUCUUUCACAUCCUAAACCUUUCUUUUCACCAGGUUUGGAUCUCAUAUUUGCUUUCCUCUUCCACAACUGUUGAAGAGUAACCUCCUUUUCGCCCCUUUCUCUUAGCAACAGAACCCGACGGUCUUUGGAGCUCAGCUGGAUACUGCCG